AUGACUUUCCUCUCAACCCUCACAAAGCACAAAGGUGCCUUUUCUGUCUCAGCAGCCGCCAAUAUAGGCUCCAUCCUCUUUGGCUUCGACACCGGCGUCGCAGGUGGAGUAGUCGCCCUUCAAAGCUUCAAGACAGACUUCCACCUCUCCACAACGCCCAAGAAACUCGCCUUAACAUCCGGCAACAUAGUAGCACUCCUUAAUCUCGGAGCCUUCCUCGGCGCUCUUCUCCCCGCUCUGAUCUCCCACCAUCUAGGCCGUCGCCAUCUCCUCCUCAUAGCAGGAUGCUUCUUCCUCGUAGGUGGGAUUCUGCAAACAGCCGCUCAACCACCAUCUCUAUCUAUGAUUUAUGGCGGUAGAGUGUUAGCUGGCUUCGGUGUCGGUGUUGUUAGCACUACGGCUCCGGUCUUCGUUGCUGAGUGCUCGCCGAAGAAGUUGAGAGGGAUUAUGAUGGGUGCUUUGAGAUGUUCCUUGUUUCUGGUGGAAUGCUGGCUUGUUGGUAAAGGUGACGUAGAAAUUGUGGAGGAGCUGGCGGAGAUGAAGGCCCAGAUCGACGAGGAGAUUGCUUUGACGAAUGGUAGAAGAAUCAGCGAGAUGUUGAAGGUGAGGAACUGCCAGAGACUACUUUGGGGGCUAUCGGUGGCAUUCUUUACGAUGUGGUGUGGUCAUAAUGCUAUUCUCGUGAGGGAAUUCAUGAGUCCUGACUUCUCGCUUAAGUAUUACGGACCCGCAGUAUUCAAACAAAUCGGUUUUACAUCACAGAACUCGUCACUACUCGCAAGUGGGGUGUUUACUUGCAUUAAAUUCAUCUCUACGAUCGUGUUUCUGGUCAGUGGCGUGCAGAUUUUCAAGAGGAAGACAAUGCUUUGUGUAGGAGCUUUCUUUAUGGGUGGUUUCCUGCUUGGUCUAGGUGCAGUGCUGCAAGCUUACCCUCCGACUGCUGGCGAUGUAUCAGGUACUCCAGCUGCGAAGGGAAUGAUGGCACUCAUUUACCUCUUCGUCGUAGCAUAUUGCCUUUCUUGGGGUCCUCUAGUCUGGGUCUACAUUGGCGAGAUCUUCCCCACCCGUUUGCGAGACUACGGAAUGGCAAUGUGCACCAUGAUGAUCUGGCUCAUGAAUUACGUCGUUUCGAAAAUCGCGCCAAAUGCAAUUCUGAACAUUGGGUGGAAGACUUGGAUGAUAUUUGGCACUUUAAAUAUCGUAGCGGCCAUAUUUUCGUGGUUUCUCCCUGAGACGCAGAAUUUGAGCUUGGAAGAGAUGGACGUCUUGUUCAAGGUCGUGGAGGAGGAACAUCGAAAGAGGGAUGUGGAGAUGAACAUGAACGAGAAAGUCGGGGCGGUAGCUACAGUCGAUAAAGCUGGAGUUUAG